UCUUCCUACAAAAUCACGGAAGCUUGAAUGCAACUUGAAAUGCCUUCCAUUUCUGUCUCCAACCUUAGUUGCAUCAAGUUACGGUAAUGAGGAGAACUCUAGGUUGCUAAGGAGUUUCCCAACAUUCAAUCAUGUUUGUGAGAUUGCCAUGUAUAGAUGGGAAGCUCCCUGGCCAUUUGAAUGUUUUUCUCAUUACACUUGACGCAUAUACAGUCUGUGUUUUUGGAAAGUAGCAUUCAGGGUGUUUGAUGUGCUAAGGCUUUUUUUCAUUGUAAGAAGUUUUUAUUUAUACAGGAGGUUGAGGAUGUGGAAGUUGCUUCAAGACCCUUUCCCAGGCUAGAAGUUAGAGCUGAGACAGACAAAUGGUCACAAAUGCAAGCAGUGCUGGACCAGUUUAGGAAUUAGAUAGAUCACUCUAAGAUGAUUCUAAACACCAGUCUCUACAUUCAUCCGUAAGUAAAACAGUGAUUUCUUACUGCAAUGACUUUAAUCUGUAAGCUAAAUAUAGGCUAGAUUUAGUCUCCAUAUUUUUCUUCGAGGAAGAUUUAGUUUCCAUGUUUACAUAUCACACGUAACUAGUUAAUUCCUUAUUAAGUUCAUUAAAUGAGGUGGAUAAAUAUAGAAGUUCCAACAUAGAAAAGAACUCUAAUUUAUAUCUCACGAUUUUUUCCUAAUACACGAGGUUAAACACCCUUCUCGCGCAUCUAUUAAUAUGGCCAAACAUCUUGGCCAAAACUCAUUCAACUACAAGUAGGGCAAAUGCCCUUUUCUCAACAUUGUCGUGUCUGUAACAUCAUGGGGAAGGAAGGGGAGAAGAACAAGAUGACGAGAGCACAGUCUACUGUAUGCCUAACGCGUUCUGCAGCCAAGUCUAUGGAAUUGGAGAACUAUGUAUCUCCUACAAAGAAGACAAGAGUGCAAGACGUCAUCCCUCCACCUACGCCCGACUCGAAGUUGAUUGUUCUUCAUGCUGAACCAAGGGUGGACCAUUAUGAGCUAGGUGUGCAAAAAAAAAAACCCAUCCUGCCUACACAAAAAUUGUCAAUGAAGGGUACCACAAGGUUUAAGCUCCCUACAGCCGUCAACUACAGUGACGAAGAAGUGAGUUUUGCUCACUAUAUAUUUGCAGAAGACCUUCCCCGUGAUGAAGCUUUGUUCGAAACAAUGAUGAAAUCAUAUACCAAUCAGACAUUAUGGAGCUUAUGCCCCGAGUCAAGCGUUGAUGCUGAUUUAAUUACAACGUUAGCUUGCCACUUGACCUUGGACAAAGUUAGAAGAGAUACUUGUUGUGGAAGACGAGUGUGCUUUCUGCCUACGGAAUUGCAGGUUUGUCUGCCCAUGAAAGAUAUGAUCAAUGAUGAAGGCAUCCACUGGUAUUUAGCUAUGAUUUCGAUGGACGAGAAACAAGUACACAUUCUGGAUUCAUGUCCAUCAAAAGAGCGUCACACAAUCCGCAGGAAUGCAGUUCACACAAUGGUUUCUUUUUGAACUUUGCAUAUUGAAUUUCUGAACAACUUGUUCGAUGCCUUACACAAGGAAGUUCAAUCAACAUGUGCAUCACCAAAUAUUAAGGAGUUUUCAUUGACUACUGAUCCUGAAGUUCCUAAACAAUGACACAAGUAAGAAUGUAUAUUUGGUCAUAAUUUCACUAGAAAAAUAAAAUAUUCGUGUCUUACGUAAUGUAUCUUUCUAAAUUGAAAUGAUAGUGGGAUCUGGGUGUGUGUGUGUGGAUGAUGGUAUCAACAUGGGAUGAUGACUAUUAUAUUUGGGUAAGAAAUCACCUACUACCUAGCCCCAUAUAUUUCUAUGAGCACAUUAAAAGAACUAAGUCAACAUAUUGUAUUAAUACUUUAUAUUUUCUGUCCUUACAGCCAUACAAUCAUUUGAGAAGAAUGCAGGUGGCAUUGUACCUCCUCAAAGAGCCUACCAAUUACAUAAGACACAAGGUCCUCAAGAAAGCAAAUAAGAAUGCGGCUAGGUUUGAAGCUCAGAACUUGAGUACAAAAUAGCUUCCCAAGAGAGCAAAGCAGCUUCCCAGAAGAGGCGAAUUCAGGGCCGAAGGAUAUCUAGUCGCAUAGUGUGUUCUGCAUUUUAGCAUUUAGUUUUGUUUCUUCCUUUCCAACAAACGCCUUCUUUAUGGUAACAAUUUAAGGACACGUUUAUUAUUUGGCGGAACUUGUGUUCUGAUCAUUUUCAACAAGGUAGAAGCAUUGUUUCCUAGGAUUUUGGUAUGUUCUGCUUGGACCCCCUGUGAUAAGAGAGCUUUACCCGUCUGGAUUGUUUUUUGGGAUAGUAGGCGAUAGGUUGCAAGUUUUGGUGUGCUUGCAGGAGUACAAAGGAGGAAAGCUAUUGUAGAGAAUAAAGGGCCUUCUCGUUUUUUUGAAAGAAAGGUUUCAUACAAGGCAUCAUACGAGUGUUUUCCACGGAUGGGAUCAAUACAUUAAAUCUUUUUGU